GGCCCUUUCCCGCCUUUGAGGUGAUUGCAGUCCUGAGGCUGCUGAGGAGCGGCGAAUGGCGUCAUGGGAGCCGUCCGGGGGCUGCGAUCCGGGCCCAGCCUUUGGUGUGGUCGCGCCUGAGGUUAUUGAGGACACGCUGAUUGAUUUGGCCACGGAAAAUGAGCACUACCUGAGCGAGCUGUCGGAGCAUGCGGGGUGCUUCAAAGAGACAGAGAUAGUGGAAUUUAUAUUCCUUUUGUCUGAGAAGUGGCACUUGGAUCAGUCGUCAAAGUACCAGGCAGUGGAGUUAUUUGAAAGGUUUAUGAUCAAACAAGUAGAACAAAUGUAUAAGUCAUCCAGAGACAAGGCUAAAAGUUGUGAACCAAGACAAGGGAGCAGCUGGAGCUCUCUGAAAGACCAGAUCUACAACACGUUUGUCCUGAGGCUUGUGUCGUGUGUUCAGCUUGCGAGCAAACUCUCCUUACACUACAACAGAGUUAACAGUGACACAGCUUUAAAAUUUCUGCAGUCCUUGAAAUACUCCUACACUAAACAGGAGCUGCUGGAGUCAGAGCUCACUGUUUUAGAAACUCUGCAAUUCCAGACCAAUGUGUCAACUCCUUUAGCUUAUGUGGAGCUACUUCUGGAAGUCUUAGGACACAACAGAUGCCUGCUUCCUGCAAAACCCUUAUACCAGAUGUGUGUGGAGCUACUGGACUUUUCCUACCUCACCAGAAAUACCAUCUACAACACUCUAUUGAAGAUUGCUGUUGAAAAUUCCACACCCAGCAAACUGCAGGUAGCAAAGUUUUUGACAGUAAAGGAAGAUUCCAUGCUGUUGGCUGUUGGAAUCAUCAGCACAAGUUGUGAAGCAUUUAAACUGUAUCACUGGCAUUACUUCACAAAGUACCUUCGAAUUUUCUUACGCAGUACUGAAACACAUCAUAGGCAGCACCACUCCCAAGCAGCGCUGAGCAGCUCCAGAGAACAGGAUUAUGCCUCCCAAACACAAUUAUCUCCUGCAGCCAGCAGCCAGCAGUUAGCCUGCUGA